AUGAAGAGAACUUUAUUAAUUAUUGCUUUGAUAAGCAUAGCAACAUGUCAAGUAGUAAAUAAAAGUGAAGUUUGUUCUUGUGCAUUACUUCUUACAUCUGGUGAUUGUGGAAGAAACACUAAUUGCGUAUGGAACUCGACAAAAUUAGUUUGUGAAGUUCCAUAAAAUACAGGCCCUGUAACUGUACCUAAAAAUUAUGGAAAAUCUUUAUAUUGUGAAGGAUUAGCUCAAACAGAAUGUCUUAAAUUGAAUGAAUGUGCUUGGAUAGAUAAUAAGUGUACAUUCUUUACAAGUUGUACACCUUAUGAGAAAACUAGUAAAGAUGAAUGUUAAGCAAUAUCAAAAAGAUGCAUUACAGAUGGAUAAAUUUGUGUUGAAAUAGACUUAUGUUCUACUUAUUUAACAUCAACAUCUUGUACUUAGAGUAAGACAAAUUAUUGUGUUUGGGAUGAUAUAGGUAAGAAAUGUUCUGAUGUAACUGAAUGCAGUUAAUUACCAACAUCUUUGACUAAAGAUUCUGAAUGUAGAUUACAUUUAAAGAAAGAGUGUACAGCCAAACAAGGGGGAGGAUGUGUAGAAUCUGGAACAAAUUGUGAAGAUUAAGUAUCAGAAGAAGGAUGUGUCACAAACAAAACAGGAACAGUUUAAUGUUUUUGGGGAAAUGGUAAAUGUUAUGAAAAAAAAUGUGAAUUUGCUUUAACUACUAAUAGAUCUCAUGCUGAUUGUUAAUUAUUCUCUUCUAAAUGUACAGCUAAAGAAAAUGGUGGUUGUGUUGAUAUUACAACAUGUUAAGAUGGAAAAAUAAGUGAAGGAUGUAAAAUUGAUAAUGCAAAAAAGGAAUGUUAUUGGUCUGUCUCAGAGAAUAAAUGUAAAGAUAAAACAUGUGUUAAUGCACCAAAUACAUUGAAAACAAAUUCAGAUUGUUAGAAAUAAUUCUUAGCAACAUGCAUAACAAAUGGUGCUGGAUGUGUUGAAGAUACAAGUUGCGGAAGUUCUACUGUUGCAGAUUAAUGUACUGUUAAUAGAUACAAUAAUAGAUAAUGUACAUGGAAUGGUACAUGUAAAGAUAGAACAUGUGAAAAUGCAGCUACUGACAUUAUUGGUCAUGAUGCAUGUUCAACAUAUUCAAAAUUAUGUACAGGUAAAGCAAAUAAUGCUGGUGGAUGUUAAAAUAGAACAUGUGACAAUGCUCCUACUACAAUUACUUCAAAUUCUGGAUGUGAAGACUAUCUUCCAAAUAAAAAUUGUAUAGCUAAAAAAGAUGGUGGAUGUGUUACUAAUACUACUUGUUAAGCUAUAUUAUUAAAAGAUGCAUGUGUUAAAGAUUUAAAUGGAAAAGAUUGUUAUUGGGAUAGUGUAGCAGGUAAUUGCUUAGAUAAAACAUGUGCUUCUUUACCUUCUAGAAUAAAUAAUCAUACAGAUUGUAAUAAAGAAAUUAAUACAUGUACUGUUAAUUCAUCUGGUACUUGUGUUGAUUUAUUAUGUGAAAAUAUUAUUGAUAAAGAAAAUUGUACAAAAGAUAAAGAUGCUCAAGAAUGUAUUUAUUAUGGAUCUUGUUUCUAAAAGCAAUGUUCUUCAGCUUCUUAAUCAUUUACAACUCAUGCAGAAUGUUAAGAUUAUCUUGAGACUUGUACUGUUACAAAUGCAAAGAAAGGUUGUAUGGAUCUUCCAUUAACAUGUUCAGCAUUAACUAUUAAAGAUAAUUGUGAAUUGAAAGCUAAUAAAGAUAAAUGUGGUUGGACUGGAUCUAUUUGUAUUGAUAUAGCUUGUACAACUGCCCCAACUAAGGUUGAUGAUGAAUACACAAUAGAAUUAUGUGAAGCAUAUAAACCAAAUUCUAAUUGUGUACCAAAUACUUUAAAGAAAGGAUGUGUAGAAUUACCAGUUAAAUGUGAUUUACGUAAAAUCAAAGAAUAAUGUGAUGUUGCAGGUACAAAAACUAAUGGAGGUAAAACAUGUUUAUGGGAUGGUGAUACUCUUUGUUAUGAAAAAACAUGUGCUAAUGCAACUAAAGAAGGCAAUGCGCUUAGUGUUGUAAAAACAGAUGGUGCAGUAGCUCAUAAUGAUUGUUUAGAAUGGUUGAAAGAUGAUAAACUUAAUCCUCUUUGUAUUGUUGGAACAGGAAAUGAUGCAUGUGCUCCUAUACCAUCAAAUUGUAGUGGUUUAGGAAAAAAUUCCUGUCUUAAUAAUCUUUUAAAAGUUCCUAAUACAGAUCCUGUUGAAUAUUAAAAUUGUUUCUGGAAUGAUACAACUAAAAAAUGUGUAGAUGGAAAUGUAUGUGCAAAUAUUGAUAAAACAACUCAUGGUGAUUGCACAACUGCAUCUAAUAAAAAAUGUACAGUAAGUGCUGAUGAACAAAAAUGUGUUGAUAGAUUAUCAUGUAGUUAAUAUACUAAAAGUGUUUAAUGUUAAAAAGAUAAAAAUGAUGCGCCAUGUUCAUGGGAUGCUCAAACUGAAAAAUGUAGUGAUACUGUAUGUUUGGCUACAGUAGAAGAUACAAAAAGUUUUGAUACUCAUACAGAAUGUACCAAUAAAUCCAAUUAAUGUACUGUCACUAAUUUACCAUGUGGACUUAAAAAAGCUACUUGUUCCAAUUAUGGAAAUGAAUUAGCUUGUGUGGGUGGAAAACUUGGAGAUUAGGCUUAAUGUUCAUGGGAUUCUGUAAAUAGUGUUUGCGAGGAUGUUCCUGCAGAUGACUUUGAUUGUACAAAAAUAAAAGGUGCCAAACUCACAGGAAAGUAUUGUAACAAUGCAAAGGCUACAUGUUCUGUCAAUGCAGCUGGAAAUUCUUGCAUUACUGGAUAAGAAAAUUGUAGUGGUUAAACUUAAGCUAAUUGUAAAUGGUCAUUAGUUGAAGGAGAUUGUUAUUUUAUUAAUAGUGCUUGUAAGGCUGUUUCUACAUUAAAAUGUAGUGAACUUAGUGGAUCAACUGAUGCAGAAUGUAGAACAUUAAAGAGUAGUUGUAUAUUUGGAGCAUCUGGUAAAUGCAAACCUAAUUGUGCAAGCCUUACAGAACCAUAGACUUUUGAUUCAUGUUAAAAUUUUGAUUCAGAAUGUUCUGUUCAAAAUGAUGGAAAGUCAUGUUAUUAUAUAGAUAAAAAUUGUUCCUUAUUAACCACGAAUACAUGUACAAAAGGAAAGGAUGGAUAUUGUUAACGUAGUGGAUCAAAUUGUGCUAAGGUUACUAUAAAUUCUGCUACUUGUGCUAAUGUUACGAUGUCAACAUAAGGUGCAGCUAAAAUAACUGCUAAAUAUUGUAAAGAAAUUAGUGCAGGAGCAUGUACAGCUAAAUCUGAUCAAACAGUAUGUGCUGUUAUUGCUGCUGAAUGUGGAGAUUAUACAGGGGAUACCUUGACCUAGUGUUAUUAUGCAACAGAAGGUUAUUGUCAUCUUGACUCUUCUAACAAUUGUAUUAAAUAUGAGGUUUCAACAGCUUGUACCGUUAAAUUAGGAGGAGAACCCAACUUAAAUUUAAAUAUAUGUUAAGAAUUUAGCAAUACAUGCACUGUUGAUGGUUCAAAUGCCAAAUAGUGCAGCAAUUAUUCAUCAACACCUUUAACAUGUAGUGAUUUUAAAGGAAUCUACAAUUUCUUUAAUUGUUAUCAUUUCUUAUAGACUUGUUCUGUAAAUGCUGCAGGUACAGCAUGCAUAACCAAGCAAGACAAUUGUGGAGGAUAUACAGAUUCUCCAUCAUGUGGAUAUGCUCUUAUUCAAGGACCAUGUGUUUGGGACGCUACCCUUACACCAGCAGCAGCAUGUGUUUAAAAAUCUUGUGAUGCGAUUACUGUAACUGAUGUUGCAAUUGCAUCAAUUGAUGCAUGCUCAGCAAAAUAAUAAAAUUGUACAGUUAGAACAGGAGGAUGCAUGAAAAGAGUGGCAUGUUCAGCCUAUACAAAAAAAGAAUAAUGUGUAGAGAAUUCAACAUCGGGAAAAUGUAUUUGGAAUUCUACAUCUAAUAAAUGUUUUGAUAGAACAUGUAGUAAUGCUGAUUCAACAUAUAAUACUCACCUUAAAUGUUUAGAAGUUGGAAAUUGCACAGUUAAAUUAGGUGAAGAUGGAUCAACAUUGGCAGGAUGUAUUAAUUUGACUGCUUGUUCAGAUUAUAAAGUAGCUGACUAAUGUAAGAAAAAUGCUUCAAAGAAAGAUUGUGAAUGGAGUUUAGUAGAAACACCUAAUAAAUGUGUUGAUAAGACUUGUGCAUCUGCUGAUCCUGCUACAUACACUGAUUUUGAAGAUUGUUAAGGUUAUAUCUUUGAAGGUAAUUGUACAUUAGGAGCUAAGAAAAAUGAAGAUGGAACAUUUACUGAAGGUGGAUGUUAAGCACUUGCAUUAUGUUCAGAAUAUAACACAGCUAAUUAAUGUAAAAAGAGUAAGAACAAAGAUACUGAAGGUAACUUUUUAAAUUGCUAUUGGAAUGAUUCAACCAAAAAAUGUGGAGAUGCUAGUUGUGGAUAAGCAGAUGAUACAUUCACAACACAUGAUGCUUGUGCUACUUAUGGUAAUCCUAUGAAACUUAAAUGUACAGUUGAUAAAGAUGAUAAAGGAUGUGUUCCUAUUCCAGAUACUUGUGAAGGUAUGAGUAAAGGAUAAUGUGUUGAUGUUGACUCCAAAUUAAAUAAAUGUAUUUGGAUUGAAGUUGCUGGUAAUGGAUCAUGUGUUACAAGAACUUGUGAAAAUGCAGUCAGUCCUACUAAUUCUUCUGAUUGUAAAAGUCAUCUUUUCUAUUGUACAAUGAUUGAUACUGGAAGUAAGUGCAAAACUAAAGUAUGUGAAGAUUAUAAUUACACUGAUGAUAUAGCUUGUGCAGCACUCUUUAAGGAUAAAAAAUGUACUACAAAUGGAAAAUUUUGUGUAAACAGAGGAUCUUGUGCUUUAGCUUUAAGUUAAAAAGGAUGUACAACAGAUUCAUCUGGUAAUGCAUGUGAAUGGAUUGUUCCUACUGAUACAACUAAAAUAGCUUAUUGUACAUUAAAGACAUGUAAUACAGCACCUAAAGAUUAUACUUCUGAAAGUUAAUGUUUAUAAUACUUUACUCCAAAACCUCCUGGAGCUACUUGCACUACUUAAUAAGGUGGUGGUUGUGUUUAAAGAUCUACUUGUUCAGCAGCUUAAGUUUAGGCUGCUUGUACUUCUGAUUAAAAUGGAUUUAUUUGUGCUUGGGAUUCAGAUACAUCAAAAUGUAGAAAUUAAGAAUGUAAAGAUAUUUCUGGUACAACUCAUGCUGCUUGUUAAAAUCCUACUGAUAAGAACUUUAAAGGUAAAUGUACUGCUGGUAAAGGUGGUAAAUGUGCUCUUAUGUAGACUUGUGGAUUGACAACAGUAGAAGCAGCCUGUGUUGUUGGAACUGAUGGACCAUGCAUUUGGUUACCAGAUUAUCCUAAUACUGAUAGUAAUACUAAAGGUGCAUGUUUCCUAUAUGAUUCAUGUAGAAGUCUUUUGUGGAAUUCUGAUCCAUUAUGUAAAUACAUUUCAGAUAAAUGUACUACUAAUGGCAAAUUAUGUAUUGGUAUUACUUAAUGUGCCAAAACUAAUGUAGAUGGAGGAUGUGUAACUGGUACAGAUGGAGAAUGUAUUACAUCAGUUUAGACUUUAGGAGCAGCAAAUAAAGUUUGUACUAAAUAUGUAAGUUGUAAUUCAGCUUUAUUUACAACUCAUAAUGAAUGUUUUAAUGCUAAUCCUAAAUGCACUACAAAUGGAACAUCAUCUUGUAUUGAAUUAGCAGCAUGUUCAACAUAUGUAAAAGAAGCUUGUCGUUAUAAUAAAGAUGGUGUUUAAUUGAAUUCAAGUAAAUAAAUUACUUCAACAGGCAAGUGCCAAUGGGAUGAAACUACAAGUGCAUGUAGAGAUUAAAAUUGUUCUGAUCUUAAAGGAGCUAAUCAUAAUGCAUGUUCAUCUUAAUUAAUUACAUGUACAAGUGAUGGUACAAAUUGUAUAACAAAAGAUUCAUGUACUAAAUACACUACAAAUAGUACAUGUAUCAAUUCUUUGGGUAUUGAAGGUUUAUGUACUUGGGUAGAAGGUACAGGUGGAGCAGCUGGAACUUGUAGAGUUAAGACAUGUGAUGAUAUAACUGGUGGUACUUCUGCUUUGGCUUGUAGUAUUGUUGAUUCUUGUACUACUGAUGGAACUAAAUGUAUUAUUAAAGGAACAUGUGAUAAAUAUCUAACUAAAGCUGGAUGUAAUUCUAGAGGAACUGAUGGAAUCUGUGUUUGGACUGAAACUACAACUGGAACCACAACAACAGGAAAAUGUUCAUUAAUGACAAAUUGUGCAGCUGCUUCUAAAGAUUCCAAUGCUUGCCAAUAAGCAUUUAAUAGAUGUAAAUGGACUUCUGGUACAGCAACUUCUGCUAGUUCUUGUGUUGAUCAUACUUGUGAAACUUAUAAUUCUUAAACAGGAAAAUGCACAUAUUUCUCUAAUUGGGAUUCCACUAAAUAUACUAUAUGCCGUAAUGUAGCUGGUAAAUGUACACCUGCAGAUCCUAAGACAUUACUUGAAUCAGAAUGUUAUACUUAAUCAGCAUAUAUGUAUUCAUGGAACACCAAGUUAAAUGCAUGUACUUAAUGUGGUGCCUCUGUUGUUUCACCAAAUAAUUCUACAAAUGGAAAUAAUACAAAUAACAAUAAUGGUUCUACUUCAACUGACUCUGGGUAUGUUCUUGGAGUUGCUGUUCUGUUAGGAUACUUAAUGUAUUGAU